AUGUUAUGGGUAGAUAAAUAUGUAUUUACUGAAGAUUGCAAUCUCUCAGCAGGUGAUAAACCUGAGAAUGUACUGCAGGAAGAAGAGUUGCAGAUUACCAGUAAGCAGAUUGUGGAAAAGGCUGUUCUGCAGGCUGUGCAGCAGUAUACCCAAGAGAAGAAACAAACAGAGAAGACAAAAGCAAAAAAGGGUUCCCCUCUGAAGUCUUCGGGAUAUGCUGAGCAGCAGGAAAAGAAGAACUGA